ACACAGAGAGGGGAUUGAGAGGAGAAGGAGAGGAGAGGAGAGGAGAGGAGGAUAUCUCUGGGCUGCUCUCCACUGCAGCGCCUGGCUUUCACUCAAAAAAAAAAAAAAAAAAAAAAAAAAAAAAAGAUCUGUGACCGUGUUUUUCCUGCGCUUGUUUGCCUAAUUUAUUCCUGCCAGGGCCGAAAGAAAGAGAAAAAAAAGCGGACGGGCAGAGUAGUAAAGAGUGCAACAGUACACCCUGACUUGCUGACAGGGAAUGCAAAAGAGGUUUCUGGCCUUUGGUUGUUACUGCUGGAUGGACAAGCACUGACAAAACAAGAGAAGAAGAGAGAGACGACACUUUGAAAGAGGAGGCCAAACUGCAAAUAAGGACAUUUCUCAAGUCUGGUUUUGUUUAAGGUUGUUGUUUUUCUCUGUGACAUUUGAAGCUUUUGACAGAGCAGACUCUGAAGAGUUGGAAGAGCUCAAAAACAUUUUUUUAAACCAAAGACACAGAAGAAGAGGACCUAUCUGAAGAGGGCAGAGAGAUACUGUGGUCUUGUGCUGCUUAUUAUAUUAUUAAGAGUGGAAUUUUUCACUUUUUUAGCCACUUAUAAAGCAAAGAAAUCCUCCUGAACUAGAAUAUAUUCUAUAAAGAAAGCUGAAGCAGCACCAGCACUCAAAUACAAACAAAACCUGCUGUCAAAGCUGAUUACCUUUUCUUUAAUUUUUCUAAGAUUUUCGGGGUCAAAUCUUAUUUUCCUCUUUAUCACUAUCACCUCUACAUCUAUAAAAACCGUGACAAGUCAAGAGUGAGUCUGGACUAGAACUGCCUCAGAUCUACAGAUAACACCUCUGCACUGAAGGAACUGGUUGGACUAGUUUAUAAGUUGGAGGAGAGGGCAGGGCAGUUUAACCCUGCUAGAAGGAGAGCUGUUUUAUUUUCCUCCCACUCGCUCGUCCUUCUGGGAGAAAGUCGUGCCCUGAGAGACGAGCAGAGCUGCUCUUUUCCUUUGGAUUUGGUUUUCUCGUCACCAUGCGUAAGGAUAGGUGAGGUGCUUUUUUUUUUUUACUUCUACCGGGGGGAGAGAGAAAGUGAGAGGGAGGGAGAAAGAAAGGCAAAGUAUAAUUUAUUGUUUCCUGUGAAAAGAGAAAGGCUGCACCCUUUUCUUCUGCCUGAACUCUGAACCGCUCAAUGUGUGUCUGAAGUUUUUCUCAGAACUCGGAGGCCAUUGAUCGGAGGUCAGGACACAGAACACGAGGGUGAAAGACAAGAACGGAGAGAGCAGGGGGGAUUAAAGAAGAGAGAGAGAAAACAACACUGCCAAGGACCUCCAGGUCAUUACAACCAGACAGCAAAGGGGAGAAAAGGUCAACACAAGAGAGCACGGGACAACUUUUUAUCCUACUUUUAGCUCUUCAUGGACAAAACCUGCCUUUGAUACCAAUUUGGAGCUCCUGUUCUCUAGCUUGGAGACUUUUUUUUAAGACUUUCAGGGCAGUUUGAAGCUGGGGCACGGGGCGGGACUGUGCAUGAUCCACUCAGGGCUGUGUGUCUCAGAGAAUAUGGCCAUGGUGAGCGGGGGAUGGGGCAACCCCAACGGGGACACUAAUGGACUAGGGGAGAAGGCUUACCUGAGGAGGGAGGAAGAGGAUGGUUCACCUCAGGCUGGGAGCAGCGAUGUGGACGUUGGGGACGAGGACAAGGCCUGCGUGGUGGACUGUGUGGUGUGCGGGGACAAGUCCAGUGGGAAGCACUACGGCGUGUUCACCUGUGAGGGCUGCAAGAGCUUCUUCAAGAGGAGCAUCAGGAGGAACCUCAACUACUCGUGCAGAUCAAAUCGAGAAUGCCAAAUUGAUCAGCAUCAUCGCAACCAGUGCCAAUACUGUCGUCUGAAGAAAUGCUUCCGUGUAGGAAUGCGAAAAGAAGUUCAGCGGGGCCGUGUCCCUUCAUCUCACCCAGGUAUCAGUCCAAACUCCCUGGCAGGAGGGCAUGGGGGACCAGUCCCAGGUCACGUUGGGGCUGACUACUUCAACGGACAGCCAGUGUCAGAACUCAUCUCCCAGCUUCUCCGGGCUGAGCCGUACCCCAGCAGCCGGUACGGGGCCCCGUACAGUCAGGCACAGAUGCAGGCAUCUGCAAGUGGAGCCUCAGUCAUGGGCAUCGACAGCAUCUGUGAGUUGGCUGCCCGGCUCCUCUUCAGCACCAUCGAGUGGGCCAGAAAUAUCCCAUACUUUCCAGAGCUCCCAGUCUCAGAGCAGGUGGCGCUGCUGAGGCUGAGCUGGAGCGAGCUCUUCAUCCUGAAUGCAGCUCAGUCUGCUUUGCCUCUGCACAUGGCUCCUCUGCUGGCAGCUGCCGGGUUUCACUCAUCCCCGAUGUCUGCUGAGCGGGUCGUGUCCUUCAUGGACCAGGUCCGAGUUUUCCAGGACCAGGUGGACAAGUUGAACCGGCUGCAGGUGGACACAGCUGAGUACAGCUGCCUUAAAGCCAUAGCACUCUUUUCACCAGAUGCAUGCGGACUAACUGACCCAGCCCAUGUGGAGUCCCUGCAGGAGAAGGCCCAGGUCGCCCUCACAGAAUAUGAGAGGUUGCAGUACCCAAACCAGCCGCAGCGUUUCGGCCGCUUACUGCUGCGCCUUCCAGCUCUGCGGGCCGUUCCCGCCAACCUUAUCUCUCAGCUUUUCUUCAUGCGACUGGUGGGCAAGACGCCCAUUGAGACGCUAAUCCGAGACAUGCAGCUAUCAGGGAGCUCCAUCAGCUGGCCCUAUGUACCGGGACAGUGAACCCUGCCAAGUCCAAAGUGAGCAGACAGAGAUCAGACUAAGGGCAAUCAGAGCAUCAUACAAGCACAAAAUGUUAUCAGUAUAAACCAGGAUCUCACAAGGUGUUGUUUGUAAAUGUAGAGAUCAACUUAGAGUUUGGUAUAAAGUAAACCAAAGCUACUUUUGGGAGAACUUAAUGUGUAAUUGUCCUUAUAUUUAUGUUUGCAGCACUUGUCAGUUCUGCUCUGACCUUUUUUUGAUCUCUCAGUCUCACUUUGGAGAAGAAAUCAGGGCUUUAAGUAAAGUUCAGACUCUGAAAUGAGGCCAUGUGCCUGUACUACCUCCUCCCAUCUCACCCCUCAUGUGACUCCGUUUGAACCCAGGCUCUGUGUUUUCACUCUGCAUUAUUUUUUUUUUUUAACUCAAAGAGAAGCCAAAGCAUCAUCACUUUCAAAGGCAGAACUUCAGUGGCAGCUUCACAUUAUCAGUCUUGUUUUUGCAUAUCAAACGUAUGUUUAUUCAUGUCCGAUAUGUGGGCUAAACAUCAGUCUUUGUCACCAGAUGUAUUCGUGAAGACUGCAAAGUAUUGCCUUGAUCAGCAUAAAAACAAAGAAAAAGUAUGGGCAUUGUAUUUUAUAUUGAACUAUUUGAAGUACGGUGUAUACAAGUCUUUUUUUAUGUUAUGAGAAACAGUUCAACAUAUUGGAAAAAUGCGUAUUUACUUUCUUUAAGAUUUAGAAGAAUCCCACUUUAAAGUCUCUAAAGCUAAUGUGAGGUGACAACUAGUUUAAAUUAGUCUAGCUUAGCAUAAAGACUGUCAGGCAGGUCAUACAGCCAGCAUUAAACUGUCCCAAAAAUAUUAAAAAAUGAUCAGAAAAUACCUCUAAACCUCAUACAUGAAGAAGAUUCUAUUUGGGUUGUUAUCAUACCAGAAUUUAUAGCUUUGCUGGUUUAGCUACCCUCUGAGCCAACUGGCACCCUCUAAUACCUUUCUUAAAAAAAAGAUGCUGUUUAUAUAACUUUGAUUCUUUUCAGUAGUAUCAGUCAGUAAAAUAACAGCCUUGAUCCUGUUUUAACCACUCCUUACUUUGUAUCCCCCUUUUAAAGAGCAUGUUUCGCUACUUUCAGCUUCUAUUAAUUAUCGGUUUAAUGUAGCCCAGGCUGCAUGACAAUGCAGUGGUUUUGCUGUCACAUCACAGCAGAGCAGCCCGGUGUGAAUCCCUGACUGAAAGGGCCUCUCUGUGUGGAUUUUGCAUAUUCUCCCCAUGUGUGCGUGGGUGAGUUCACUCCAGUCUCUCUGGCUUCCUCCCAUAGUCUGUAAACAUGCUAGUUAGGUCAACUGGUGACUCUAAAAUGUCUGCUGGUUUGAGUGUGCCUGGUUGCUUUUCUCUCAGGGCUGACAUCUAGCCCUGGUGACUAGUCAAGGGUGUACACCGCCUCUUGACCAAUCAGGGAUCAGCACCCUCAGGAUAAGCAAUAUAGAUAAUUAUUAGGUGGAUGGAUAUUGAAUGUAAAUAGGGUACUCAGAGUGUAUAAAACAGCAUAAAAUAGUUUGGUUAUCCAAAAUUUCACCUGGGGAACCCCUGAAGCCCUUACUAAGGUCCAACCCCCUCAAAAAGCCCCACUGGGUCUUUAUAUAAAGCACAUUAUGGCACGGUUGAUCCAUAUAGAAAUAUAUCCAUAAAAUAGUGGAUUAGAGUGUGGUAAAAUGGCAUAAAAUAAACUUAAAAAUCAUGAUUUGUGGCAGAAGUGUCCAUGUAGUGUCCAAUUAGUCUACAUAUGCUCUUUAUAUGCUAACAUUUGGGCAUGCCCAGUUGUAGAACCUCACAUUGCUCUCUGUCUGGGGCCUUCAAAUGACUGAAACUGCCUCUGCCUGCUAAAUAUAGAAAGCAUUUAUGACUGCAAUCAUCAGUAGGAUAACCUGUUUUGUUCCAGUUCCUCAACGUGUAGCAUGUAUAUUAGGGAGUCCAGUCUUAAUACUAAGCUAAGCUAACUUGUUUCUAAUCUUUACUGUCAUAUUCAUGUUAUUCUCUAUGAGAAAGUGCAUAUUUCCUAAAUGUUGAGCUAUUCCUUGAAUGCAGUACAUUAUACUAGGAUGUUUUUAAAAAAGUGGAGGUGAAUGUAUUCAAACACAACCUGGAUCUCACGGUCACAUCCCUGUCAGACAUUUUUACCUCAUCUUUUAUACAUUGAAGACAAAGAUUGUAAAUCCAUGUGCUAAAGAUUAAAAGAAAGGGAUCAACUCAUAACCCAUAAAUCGUUAAAUUCCCCCUGCUUGUCUGGAAUAUAUUUUAAAUGUUUGUAAAUGUAAAACUUGAUGUAAGAUGAAACCCAAAGUUUGGAUAUAUCAUUGACAGAAAGCUUCAGCUAAGUGACGUCGGCUUCUCUGGUUCAUCUCAAACUCUGUCUUCACUUUUAUGUCAGUAGUGAUAGCUCAUUUGGAUUUUAUUUUCCAUGUCUUUGGUUUCCCUUUGUAAAGCAGUCUGUUAAAACACAGCCACACGGACAGUCAUGUUCACAUAAUUAUUAUUGUUAUGCAAGCUACUCCACGUGUUGUAUGUGUUUUAAAGGUUACAGUGUUUGCCGGUACUGAGAUAAAGGUACACAGUCGUCACAUUCGCGAGUGAUUUUGCCACUAACUGCAACUCAUUGUGACAAAGGUUUUUUCUUGCCAAAUUAAAUGACUGAAAAAUGA